CUUCAUCACCAAAGAACAUCAUUAUUAAUUAGUUGCUCGAUGCAUUGGUUUAAAGUCUGUGUUUUGAUUAAUUAUUUGAUAAUCACAAGUUUUGCAGAGCUUGAGAGGUUUGAACAUCCACCCAAAGAUGAUGGCUCACUUAGCAUAUUGGUUGUUGGAGAUUGGGGAAGAAAUGGCCAUUUCAAUCAAUCCAAAGUUGCUUUCCAGAUGGGACGCAUUGGAGAGAAAUUAGAUGUAGAUUUUGUGAUAUCGACAGGAGAUAAUUUCUAUGAGAAUGGACUAAAGAGCGUAAGUGAUCCAACAUUUCACAACUCAUUCACAAAUGUUUACACUGCUAAAAGCCUCCAAAAGCAGUGGUACAGCGUUUUGGGAAAUCAUGACUACAGGGGAGAUGUAGAGGCACAAUUAAGCCCUCUUCUUCGAAACAUUGACAGUCGCUGGUUUUGCCUCAGAUCUUUUGUUCUUAAUGCAGAAACGGCAGAAUUCUUCUUUGUGGACACCACUCCGUUCGUUGAGAGCUAUUUUGUUGAGAUUGACCAUACUUACGAUUGGAGACAUGUAUUUCCGAGACGGAAUUACCUUACCAACUUCCUCAAGGAUUUGGAAAAAGCAUUGGGAGAAUCUACUGCCAGGUGGAAGAUUGUGGUUGGUCACCAUGCUAUCAGAAGCGUUGGGCAUCAUGGCGAUACCCCAGAGCUAAUAGAACACCUUCUCCCAUUGCUCCAGGCAAAUGAUGUUGAUCUUUACAUUAAUGGACACGAUCACAGUUUAGAACACAUUAGUAGCCCAGAUAAUUCAAUCCAAUUCAUAACGAGUGGUGCGGGUUCGAAGGCGUGGAGAGGAGACGUGAAAGAGAAUAGUACAAGUAGUAGUGGCAAUGAAGGUUGUGUGGUGAGGUUCUUUUACGAUGGACAAGGUUUCAUGUCUUUGCGCCUCAACCGCAGUAGUAACGAUGCUGAGUUUCUCUUCUUUGAUGUUUUCGGCAAUGUUUUGCACUCUUCCAAACUCUCUAAACAUCUCCACUCUUCCAUUUAA